AUGGCCAUUGAAACUGUUCCUCUUCCCCUGCCCCCCUCCGCAGAUUCGUCCAAGUUUACAGACUUUGGCCGGGAAGUGAAGGGUAUCAAUCCUGGGACGCUCUCCCUGGAACAAUUCAAGGAGAUCGAAGAACUCCUUUACAAGGUCCGCCCGAUCUUCCAUUUGGACCCAGUGGUUCGUGUGAGCUUACGCGAUCGCAAACAGCACGGUGCGCUGCUCUUCAGGGAUGUCGUCCUUUCUCCCGAGCAGCAAUAUGCCCUCACGAAGGUGAGCACACGAGCGGCUCUCGUGCGCUAUAAUUGGACGCCGGUCAUGUAUAGCCAAAAUGUCGCCGCCGCCGAUAUUGAGCAGCGCUGUUUCGCUGGCGAUAAAUAUAUCGGCUCUCGGUGCUGCGUGCAGCGGAGAUUCGGUGCGCUCUGCGGAUGUCUAGAUGCUCGACAAGCGGAGCGUGCUGCCGAUUUUAUAGCUGAAUUCCUGCCGGGCAUUGUUCCGCCGUUUGGGGCGGCCUUCGACCCUGCCUCAGAGAGCUAUGGGCACGGCAACAACAAGACUGAAGGCACGACAAAGUCGAUCCUCCAUCCUGACCUCAAGACUAUCCCACGUGUUCCGCAAGUACAGCUGAUUGGAAAUGGCACUGUGUACAACCACGAGGGUCUUGCUGAGGCGAAACUCAAGCACCCUUCGCAUACGACUUUCCACAAGACUCGUGUGUCAGAGGAGGACGAAGUUCGUGGCAUCACACGCUUCUACCGUUGGCAUAUCGACGCUGCCCUAUAUGAUCUCUCUCCGCCCAAAGUUACGACCCUAUACGGCAUCAAAGUACCUCAGGGCCCACCGCAGAUCGUGCGCUACGAUGAUGGCACGGGUGACGAGCUUCCGGUCCCGCUCGGCACGACGGCGUUCGUCUCCGGAAAGACAAUGUUCGAUAUUCUCCCCCCGGAACUGAAAAGCCUGGCGGUGCGGAGCAAAGUCAAGUAUUCGCCCCACCCGUACGUGUGGAUGGCCCCUGCGCGGGCAAAAUCGACCGGGCUUGGCAUCGAGACAGAGGGCUUGGAGCUGCCCCUCGCAGAGCUCCCCCCCUGGGAAGCUUCGAAGCAGCAAGUCCUCCCUAUGCUGUGGAAGAAUCCGGUGACCGGGGAUCUGCAUUUUGAGGUCCACCCCUGCGGGGCCGCCGAGCUUCUUGUCGAUCCCCUCCCCGAGGGUGCAAAUAGAGAAGGCGCACUCUAUCCGGACGGCGCGCACAUCACCGACCUGGGCGCGGUCCGUGCAUUACUCUACAAGAUGCAGCGCCCGGCGAUUGCACCUCCGCUGGUGUAUCCCCAUGAUUGGCGCGAGCGGGACCUGGUGUUGUUCCACAACAGGGGAGUCUUGCACACUGUUGUGGGCGCGUUCAAGCCGGACCAGGUUCGCGCGUUCCACCAGUGCAACUUGGCCGCCUCGUCGGCUCCGGCGGGCCCAGACGCAGCGGAUGUCCAGAAAUGGGCUUGA